CUCUGACUCUGAAUCAGACUGUGUUCAGGAGCUGCUAUAGUUUCUGCAGCCAUUUUUCCCCUCUGAUUCAGAGGGGAUCCAUUCACAAUCCAUUGCAUCCUGCUGAAUCCAUAGCUGCACCAGGAGCGAGACCCCCUGCAGUUUAAUCCCGGGACACUGCUGAUCAUUUAUAUGGUUGCAUUUGUUGACUUUGCAUUUUAUUUUACAGAUAAAACCCGGGUUGAAAGCAGCCUUUUUUUCUUUUGCCCCCCUUCCCUCCCUCUCUCCUCUCCCUCUCCCUCGUUGCAAACAAAAGGGGGGAGAGAGUGGGGGGAAAGAUUACUGCUUUGCAAAACAUGCCAAAGGGGAUCUCUCCUGCCCCGGGCAGGGGCAUCAUUAGGGUCGUCUCCAGCUCCCAGAAAAAAGUUGUUAAUAUGGAAAAUGGAGGCUCGGGUUUGUGCAGUCCCCAGGUCCCAAAUAUACCUUAUUUAACUCAGAAUGUAGGAGCAAUAUACUCUGACCACAGUGGGGGCUGCCUGUACACGACCCCUCAUGGACCUGAACUUAAAACAAUAAGGCGUAUCGCAGGACGGUUGCCGGCAAAACGGAAGUUGGACCUGGAAGGCGGUGGGCACCAGUAUUUACAGGAAUUUCGAACUCCGAAAGGAAAAGGCAAAAUGCCUGCCAGGAUUCCCAGUCCAAAAACCCCCAAGUCCCCGGGAGAGAAGACGAGAUAUGACACAUCGCUCGGGCUCCUGACCAAGAAGUUUGUCCACCUGCUCAGCGAGUCCCCGGACGGAGUCCUGGACCUGAACCGGGCGGCGGAAGUCCUCGAGGUUCAAAAGAGACGCAUUUACGACAUCACCAAUGUUUUGGAAGGAAUCCAGCUGAUCAGGAAGAAAUCCAAAAAUAACAUCCAGUGGAUGGGCCGCAGUUUGUUUGAGGACACGUCGGUUGCGGAGAAGCAGCAGUGCCUGCGGCAGGAACUGUCUGAUCUCGUGUGGAAGGAGAGGUCCCUCGAUGAACUGAUCCAGCGCUGCAGCACCCAGCUGAAGGUGUUGACGGAUGACGAGGAGAACCAAAGAUAUCCUUGCAUGUAUGAGCAGUUGCCAGUAAGUUAA